CUCUCUCGUCCAUGGGUAAGUGCUUACACAAACCUGAAGGAACGUUUGUCGCAGCAGUGAUCCCGUCGCUGCUUGAAGCAAACGAGAUCAACGGGAGUUGACUUUGCGAGUGUGUAGAGGGAAGCGAGGAGCUCGGUGUGAUGCAUCGGUGGACUUUUCUCGUGUCACUUCUUAGUGCAGGUGGUCCGAUCGAGAGCAGCCGUGCUCAAUCCUUGAUCGGAGUUGAAGGAAGAAAGGGCGAAACGAGAUUUUGUGAUAUUUGGUACUAGGUUUGAAGAGAUUUCUCAUCUGUAAUCCAAUGGCUGUUGGAGUUUCUGUUCGGAUGUUGGCAAUUGUGGCGAUGGCUGUACUUCUUUCGCGUGCUACUGCACAGCCAGCCCCUGUGACUGCUUCUCCUGGCCCAGAAUCCGAUGGAGGGGGUGGUUCGUCAAACACAGCAGGAAUUGUUGGUGGUUUGGUUGGUGGACUGGUGGGAUUAGGAAUUCUGGUUUGUUUUCUUUACAUGAAGUGCAUUAGGAAGCCUAAAGCAGCAGCUUCCGAGAGCGCUCCAGUCAGCCAAUACCUAAAAACUGGGUUCAUUCGAAAUCCCCAGGAAUCGGAUGUGGAAUCAAAGCCAAGAAAACACUCUACUCAAAAAGCUGAUGUUGCGUCCCCUGAUCCAGCUUGAGGAUUUGACUCUCUAGAUGAUGCGAAAGCUGCAACAACAAAUUGCUCGCUAUUAGUCAAUUUGCCAGCUGCGGCCUACAAAUAAUCCAUCUUGCCGUGAUCAGUAGAACUUCGUGAAAUGUGAAAUGUUGCUUCGUCAGUUCCAUUUUAUCUUCCCUCUGCAGGUCAAGCGUGGAAGAGAGAGGCAGCGAUCUACAAGUUGAUGGAGGCCUUUGCUGCACCAUUGCUUAAUGUCCUUCUACUCCUUGUAAAAUCUUGUAAAAUUCACCAUGGUCAGGGGCACAAAUUACGUGACCAGAUUGCCAUCAAAAUUCCAAACAUGUCUCUCAUAUAGAUAUAGAGGUUGAAGUAGCUUCGUUUUUCAAUGCAUGCAGUGUAUGUCAUAACUCUAACACAAGAAUCCGAAAGGAAUAAUAAUCUAAAGG